AUGUUUCAAUAUUUGGUACAAAUUCAAGAGGAACGGAACAGAUCACCAAGACCACCUGUAUCUACUAAUGAAAAUUCCGAUGUGAGAAAUGACGUUUUGCAAUCACAAUUUUUAGAAGUAAUGCGAGACAAGGCAAGAUUAAUGGAUCAAAUUACGGAAUUAAAUUCUGCUCUCCGAUCAGCAGACAAAAAAAUUGAAAGUCUAACAAAGGAGAAUAAAGAAUUAGAAGAGAAAAACAAACAAUGUAAAGAACAAGUGGAAAUACAUAGAAGAGAAGCAGAUUUGUUUUUAAUUGAAAUUGGAAGAAGAGAUGAUGAAAUUAAAAACAUGGAUAAUUAUCAAAAAACAUAUUUAAAGGAAGUGGAUUCUAUUAAAUCUAAGGAUUAUAUUCUUAAUGAACAAAUCAAACAAUUACAAGCAUCACUCUAUCACAUGUCAAAUUAUAUCCAAAAAUUAAAUAAUGAAUACAAGACACAAAUGAUGAAUGUUUGUAAUGAACUGGAACAUGAACAACAAAGAAGUUAUUCACUUGAACAACAGUUAAAUCAAUAUGUAAAUGGUAAAUCGGAAAUAUCAAAUGUAAAUAGAGUCGAGGAAAUUGUAAGAGAAAAAUAUGAAUAUCAAUAUGGAUUUGAGAUGAGAAAAAUACUGUACAAUUAUGGAAGUUUAAUGAAGAUUUGA